GCGCGUGGGUCAGGUCCUCACUGCCUGCUGCGCGCCGGAGCGAUCCGGCGUCCGCCCCACCAGUCUCUUCGCCAUGGGCGACGUGACUUCCGAGUCCUCGAGCAGCUCCCUCGGGAAGUACCUGGAGCACCUUUCCGGGGCUGGCCGGGCCAUCGGUGUGCUGACCAGCGGCGGGGAUGCCCAAGGUAUGAAUGCUGCUGUCCGCGCUGUGGUGCGCAUGGGAAUAUACGUGGGAGCCAAAGUGUACUUUAUAUAUGAGGGUUACCAAGGCAUGGUGGAUGGAGGCUCCAAUAUUCAGGAAGCCGACUGGGAGAGCGUCUCAAGCAUUCUACAAGUGGGCGGGACGAUUAUCGGCAGCGCCCGUUGUCAAGUCUUCCGCACCCGUGAAGGUCGUCUGAAAGCUGCCUGUAACUUGGUUCGGCUGGGCAUCACCAACCUGUGCGUGAUCGGAGGGGACGGAAGCCUCACGGGGGCCAACCUCUUCCGGAAGGAGUGGAGUGGACUUCUGGAGGAGCUGGCUGAGAAUGGGGAGAUAGAUAACGAGGCCGUGCAGAAGUACGCUCACCUCAAUGUGGUCGGUAUGGUGGGCUCCAUCGACAACGACUUCUGUGGCACAGACAUGACCAUUGGCACUGACUCCGCUUUGCACAGGAUCAUCGAAGUCGUCGAUGCCAUCAUGACCACAGCCCAGAGCCAUCAGAGGACCUUUGUCCUGGAGGUGAUGGGGAGACACUGUGGGUACUUGGCCUUGGUGAGUGCCUUGGCCUGCGGGGCGGACUGGGUGUUCCUCCCAGAGUCGCCGCCUGAAGAAGGCUGGGAAGAGAGCAUGUGCGUCAAGCUCUCGGAGAACCGUGCUCGGAAAAAAAGGCUGAACAUUAUCAUUGUGGCUGAAGGAGCAAUUGACCGACAAAAUAAACCUAUCAGCUCAGAGACAAUCAAGGACCUUGUAGUGAAGCAGCUGGGAUACGACACCCGCGUGACCAUUCUUGGACAUGUGCAGAGAGGAGGGACUCCUUCCGCAUUCGACAGGAUUUUGGCCAGCCGCAUGGGGGUGGAGGCAGUUAUCGCCCUGCUGGAGGCCACGCCCGACACCCCGGCCUGUGUCGUGUCACUGAGCGGGAACCAAGCCGUGCGCCUGCCCCUGGUGGAAUGUGUGCAGAUGACCCAGGACGUGCAGAAAGCAAUGGAUGAGAGAAGAUUCAAAGAUGCGGUGCAGCUCCGGGGGAGGAGCUUUGAGGGCAACCUGAAAACUUACAAGCGACUGGCCAUCAAGUUGCCAGAUGACCAGAUCACCAAGAGCAAUUGCAACGUGGCUAUCAUCAACGUCGGGGCGCCUGCAGCUGGGAUGAAUGCAGCCGUGCGCUCCGCGGUACGCGUGGGGAUCUCAGACGGCCACAAGAUGUUCGCCAUCUACGAUGGCUUUGAUGGCUUUGCCAAAGGCCAGAUAAAAAAAAUCGGCUGGUCAGAUGUCGGAGGUUGGACUGGCCAAGGAGGGUCCAUUCUCGGGACAAAACGUAUCCUGCCCGGAAAGUAUUUGGAACAGAUCGCCAAACAGAUGAAGAACCACAAUAUCAACGCCCUCCUGGUCAUUGGGGGGUUUGAGGCCUACCUGGGACUCCUAGAGCUGGCAGCUGCCCGGGAGCACUACGAGGAGUUCUGUGUCCCUAUGGUCAUGGUUCCUGCUACUGUCUCCAACAAUGUGCCGGGUUCUGAUUUCAGCAUCGGGGCAGACACGGCCCUGAACACUAUCACAGACACAUGUGACCGGAUCAAACAGUCGGCCAGCGGGACCAAGCGCCGUGUGUUCAUCAUCGAGACCAUGGGGGGCUUCUGCGGCUACCUGGCCAACAUGGGGGGCCUGGCAGCUGGAGCUGACGCCGCCUACAUCUACGAGGAACCCUUCGACAUCCGAGACCUGCAGUCCAACGUGGAGCACCUGACAGAGAAAAUGAAGACCACUAUCCAGAGGGGUCUUGUGCUCAGAAACGAAAGCUGCAAUGUAAAUUAUACCACGGACUUCAUCUACCAGCUGUACUCAGAAGAAGGCAAAGGAGUGUUCGACUGCAGGAAGAAUGUGCUGGGUCACAUGCAGCAGGGCGGAUCGCCUUCUCCAUUUGAUAGAAACUUUGGAACCAAAAUCUCUGCCAGAGCAAUGGAGUGGAUCACUGUGAAAUUGAAGGAGUCCGCGGGCAAAGGAAAGAAAUUCACUAGUGACGAUUCCAUUUGUGUGCUGGGAAUAUGUAAAAGAAACCUUGUCUUCCAGCCUGUGGCCGAGCUGCGGCAGAAGACAGAUUUUGAGCACAGAAUCCCCAAAGAGCAGUGGUGGCUGAAACUGCGGCCCGUCAUGAAGAUCCUGGCCAAGUAUGAGGCGAGCUAUGACGUGUCUGACUCAGGCAAGCUCGAGCCCCUGCGUCCCCGGAGCGGCCACGGCCACGGGGAGCCUGCGGCCAUCUGAGUGUCACGUGCGCCAACCUCUGGACCCGCACACGCAUCGCAUCUGGGCGGCCUGCAACGUUCCAGGGACCAUUCCUGUUUUGUAAUGUUUAAGUUAUUUAUCAGCACUUUAUGCAAGUAUCGUUGACCAAGUACCGUCGGCAGUAAUACCUAACCAGAAAGCACCGGUCACCAGUCCCAUCACCAAUGUCACUCUGACACACCCUGCCACAGCCCCGUGAGGAAACCUCAUCCUUCACGCACUCGAUCCAGAGUCGGUCGUCUACCAUGUACUGUCUCGUGCUUUAUAAUGUGUGUAUCUAGUGGAAUUAAACAUUUGCCUAAAA